CCGCCAGCGCAGCAGACACAAGAAAGCCUCGACAGACCACCUCCAAGCAGGCACGUUGCUUCGGAGCUACUGACGCCAUGCGAGUGACGACCUGACGCUUAGCUGAUUUCCCCUGCUGCUGCUGCCUUUCCGCGUUACACAUGCACCAUGGUGCUGCAUCGACGCGCCAGGCCAGCAACCAUCUGAGUGACGCACCGCCCUGCGACUGUAGAGGCUAGGCAGUCGACGAGAUCAGGUAGACAGUGAAAGAGCAGGCAGGACGGCCAAGUCGAAGUACUCCCGUCUAGGCACACCCCCCAAAGCUUCGACACCACCGCCGCCAUGGCCAAAGCUGAUGCCGCACGAAACUACUACGCCGACCUGAAAAUCUCGGCCAGCGCAAGCGAGAAUGAAAUCCGCAAGGCCUUCCGCACGCUCGCGUUGCAAUACCACCCGGACCGCAACCCUGGACGCGAGGCCGAGUUCGUGGUCAAGUUCCAGGAGAUCCAGGCUGCCCACGAGGUGCUGGGCGAUCCCACGCAACGCGCAAAGUACGACGCCGAGCGAAGGAAGUACCGCCACCUGAACGUCCCCACCAACGCGUCCAACACGCAGCGGACGAGGCCUCCACCGCCGCCCCGCGAUGCGCACACGACGUCGACGGCCAGCGGCUCCUACUAUCGCGCCCCUCCACCAAAGCCGUACCAGCAACCGUUCCAGCAGCCGCCCCCACCCCCGCCUCCACCCCCGCCACGCCCGCCGCCGCCGCCACACCACAGCACCUACACGACAGGCGCAGACCGCUUCACGGGCAAGAACUUCCGCUCGCCGCCGACUGCACAGCGGCCAGACGCGAGAGACAAGGGUGCAGACGCCCGCGCCAACGUCUUUACAGCAUGGCAGAAGAUGAAGCAGCCGCGUGCCGAGGAGACACGUCCCCAGGGCUCGGGCGCCCAACAGCACAAUCCAAACGGGCAGCCCUUUGGCCGCAGCCACAGCACCAGAGUGCCGUCGUCGUCGUCGAGGAGGGGCUUCGAUCCAGGCACUCCCGGCGCCGACGAGGGCCAGGCCCGCUCCGCAUACCGCUCCAGCUAUGCACGCCCUGCCCAAACUCCGCCCUCGCCCAUGAGGGACGCGCAGAACAACGAGGUGCCGUACUCGGAGGCUAACCGCACCCGGACGCCCUACUACUCCAACGCAGCGGGAGAGCGGACGUCCAUGUUUGAAAGCAUCAACAGAUCGGCUAGCGUGCGCAACUCGCCCAACCACUCCCACCGUCCCAGCCCAUCCGCAGAAGCCGGCUCGUACUCGGACUCGGGACGACGCCAGCAGCGCAAUUCCUACAGUGGCAAGUCCACCAAGCCGUUCCCCUUCCCCUACCCAGACUCGAGUGACGAAGAGUCCGAGCCAGACGUCAUCCACACAAGCACAAAGCACCGAGGUCCCCCACCACCACCGCCCCCGCCUCCGCAAAAGUCCCAACCAGCUUGGAGCCAGGGAGCUUUCUGCACCCCGCAGCCAAGUCGACAGACCAGCGGUGGGCCAGGGAACGCUCCCAAUCCCUUCAAAAGUAGGAGCGAGGAGAGCAUCAAUAUGAAGUUCUCACCCUCGGAUUGGCACGGCAAGUUCGAAGGCAGUGCUGAUUACUUUGCUCCCAACAUACCAAAAGCUCCCAGCAUGCCAAAAGCGUCCAACAACAAAGGCCGCACUUCUCCAACUCGGAGCAAGCCGUCCCAUCGACCGGCUCCAGAGAAGACACCGUCUUCUAGCCAACCAACGAACCCUCCUCCUGUCUCUACCUUCUCUCAGCCCUACUUCCCUCCACCGCCUCCUGGGCCUCCGCCUAAAGCUUCCUUCUUUCCGUCCUCCGAGUCUGCAGCUGCAGCCGCAGCCGCAGCCCAUCCUACAACGUUCAGCCCACAGGCAUGGAAAGAGUCAUUCAAAGAGGCAUCCUGGGUUCUAGGAGCUGAACCUCGUCGUGCGUCUGAAUCUACGAAGCGACAAAAAGCUGCGCGGAAGUCGUCCGUGCCCCACAGUAGCGGUUCGAAGCCGCAAGAUCAGGCUGAUCCUUCACGCACAAAAUAUCAGGCGUUUACCGAGGACGCCGAUGCAAUGGACAUCGAUUCGAGUACACCACCUGCCCCAAGCAGAAACCCCUCGAAUUCAAGAACUCAAGCAACACCCACAACGGUACCAGUGUCAAAGGGCUCCGCUCAGACCCCUUCUUUCGUUGCCGCUGCACUUCCUGGCUUCAGCCCGAGUGGUGCCACCAAGGAAACAGUUGAGCCUUUUGUAUCCACUCAGAAUGGCGGCCUCGACAUGGGUGAUCUCGGCGACUCACUUCCCCACAAGUCACAGGCCUCCAGCGCCCAUCCCACAAAGCCGAGCAGCGCACAAAGCCUGAAGUUUCCAGACAUCCCUGCAGCUCCUCGUCCUCCGUCGAAACUGGAUCGCGAAUCCACUGACGUGUACUUCAUUCAGUUUGAGAGAUACGUCAAAUCGUACAUGCAGCUCAGCAAAGCCAUUGCUACUCACUUCAAUGCAAGAAACGUGCAGCUUCAAGACUUGGAUGAUCACUUUGUCCGUAGUCGCGGCGAAACAACAAAGAAACUCGGAUUCGCGAGCUACAUGGACAGAAUGCGGGAAGACGAGGCCGUGAUCACGACCUGGGGAGUCGCACAGGGGAAGCAUAUCCAAGCUCUAGGGCAGUGCGAGGAGGUCCGCAACAAAACCAUAAAGUUGUAUCUACCUCAAAGCUAA